GAAAAGACUUUGAAGAGAUCAAAGAUUCGCAAACAAGAGAGAGAAGCUGCCAUUAGUAUGCAGUAGUAAAGUGUGGGUUGGGAGUGUGGGGAGUUAGUAAAGAGAAGAACCGAUCGAUUUGCAGAUCUUCUUUCUUUCUUUCUAUCUUUCUGUUCAAAGAUGAGUCUGAACUUGCUCCUCUUACUGGCCAUGGUGGCCACCAACAUUCUUUCACUCUACCAUCUCUCAAACACUCUCCAAUCCAAACCCCCUUCCCCUCCACCAGUCCCCGAUUACCUAGUUCGCCAGCUCCAAACCAUACGCGCCACCAUCAACCACCUCACGCGCCUCCAUCCUCAAUCCUCCUCCACCUCCUCCGCCAAGCCCACCAAGGCCGCGAUCCCUUCCGACCUCCUUCUCUACACCCACCUCUCUCCAAUUGGUUCUUCCUGUAGUGAUCAUCCCGAUUUGCUAUACAAGUACAUGAACUACACUCCCUUCUCUAUAUGCCCUCUUGACGACGAUGUAUCCGAAGCCCUCAUUCUCCGCGGCUGUCAUCCUCUCCCCCGUCGCCGUUGCUUCUCUAAAACCCCAACUAAGAUCCCUUCUUCUUCUUCAUUCCCUACAAACCCUUUUUCUCCACUCCCAGAUGAUGCUGUUAUUUGGACCAAAUACACUUGUAAAUCAUUCCAAUGUCUAACCAAACAAAACGUAGAUUUGGGUUUCGAUAUGAAGAUGGAGAAAUCCAAAUUACUAUCUUACAAAUCAGAUCUGGAUCUACCCAUCUCCCAGUUGAUUCAGAUUUCUAAAGCUGCGAAAUCGCCUCUCAGAUUGGCACUCGACAUCGGCGGUGGAACUGGGACUUUCGCAGCUCAGAUGAAGCUUCAGAACGUGACGGUGGUAACUACUACCAUGAAUUUCGGCGUUCCUAAUAACCAAGGAGUGGCUUUGAGAGGGCUGAUUCCCCUUCACGUGCCACUGCAGCAGCGGCUGCCGAUGUUUGAUGGAGUGUUGGAUCUUGUAAGGUGCAGUCGGGCAGUGAAUCGAUGGAUUCCGACUGAAGUGAUGGAAUUCUUGUUUUAUGACGUUGAUAGGGUAUUAAGAGGAGGUGGGUAUUUGUGGAUUGAUCAUUUCUUUAGUAAGUCAGUGGAUCUGGAGAAGGUGUAUUCGCCAUUGAUAGGGAAAUUGGGUUACAAGAAGGUGAAAUGGGCAACUGGUAAAAAGACAGAUUCUAGUGGGGUGAAGAAUGGUGAAGCUUUCUUGACAGCUCUUUUGCAGAAACCAGUUUCCAGAUAAAGAAGAAGAGAAGGCAUUCCUUUCUCCUUCCCAAAGUUAUCUAGGGCAAGAAGAUGUAUGUACCUACCUACCCACCCUACAAAGAAGAUAGUAAAUGGCUUAUAUAAACUUGAUCAUCAUAUUUCCAUUCUGUCUUUCAAAUUUCCCUCUAGCUACUUACUUUGUUGCUCAUAAAGGGUGAUGAUCUCCAAUUGAAUGGAAAGUACAUAGGCUUCUUUAAUUCUUUCUCAUAAAGGGUGAUUCAAUUGAAAGGAAAAUACUAAGCUUCUUAUUUCUU